UUUUUAUUUACUUAAUUGUUUUAAGGCAAACUUUUGCCGGACUUAGUGUUUUAGCAACUGUUAUCGUGUUUGGUUUAAAGUAAAUGUGAAUUAUAAUAAAAAAAGUGAAAUUUACAAAAUGUUCAAGUGGCAAAUCUGUGUAGCGUUAUUGUUUUUGCUGAUGACCUUGAGCGAACCAAAGCGUGUUAAACGCAUAGUAGGGGGUCAUCAUGCUAAGGCACCACCGCCAGAUGAUCCCGUAGUAUUUACACGUAUUUAUAAUCGUGAUGCCCGUGUUGAAGGAUUCCGGAAUUCUAAUACUAAAGUCUAUACAUUUUUGGGAUUACAUUAUGCAGAACCACCAACCGGAUCUAAUCGUUAUGCUCGUCCGGUUUAUAAAAGGCUGAUGGGUGAUGUUAAUGCCACAGUUUAUGGACCACCUUGUAUACAACCAGAUCCACAAAAUUUAAAUCGUAUUAUAGGCGACGAGGAUUGUUUGCUGUUAAAUAUUUAUACACCACGUAUGCCAGAUGAAACAACGGGUCUGCCUGUCAUAGUAUGGAUACAUCCGGGUGGUUUUCGUUAUGGUUCGGCUAAUCAAUAUGAUGCCACACCUAUUGCUCAACAAGGCGUUAUUGUAGUAGCACCUCAAUAUCGUUUGGGUUCUUUGGGUAUUAUAGGUGAUGGUAGUAAAGAAUUUGAUGGCAAUUUAGCAAUUUUCGAUAUGGCUGCAGCAUUGAGAUGGGUUAAUGAUUACAUCUCUCAUUUUGGUGGUGAUCCUAAACAAAUCAAGGUAGUGGGUCAUGGUUCGGGGGCUGCCAGUGCCAUGUAUUUAUCAAUGUCUAGAUCUGCACGAAGUGCGGGUGAUAUAACCGGUGUGGUGGCUAUGUCCGGUACGGCUUUAUCACAAUAUGCCACCGAUAGGGAACCGGUACAAAGUGUACAGGAAGUGGCGGAAAUAAAUGGCUGCCCAACUACCAGUGAAGUGGAAAUUAUUAAGUGUUUAAGACAGAAAACCGCCGAAGAAAUAAUUGAAAAUGAUUCCAAAAUACAAACUGAAAGAUUGGCUGGUCGAGCUAUGAUUAAAGCGCUUUCCGGUAGUAUAGGUUUCCAGCCUCACAUUGAGAAUGAAGAUGAUGGCCGCGCUCUACCAAGUCUAAUAGUGGGAGAACCAGAUCAACAAUUGAAAAGUGGAAAUUUUACAGCAAUACCUUUGCUAACGGGAGUUACAAAACAUGAGACAGCCAAUGCCUUUACUUUAGAUAAUAUAAAUAAAGUAUUUGGUUCAGCUGAAAAUUUUUUAGGUUCCCUAACAAGCACUCUGCAAAAUCUAACUGAAUUUUUGAGAGUGGACAAGAUAACAGGAGAAAUAAGUAAGGCGCAAUUGCCUGGGUUAUCUAGUGCUUUAACGCCCACUUUAAAUGAUGUACUCAAAGUACCAGAAACAUUGAAUUUAAAUGAGAUUUUAACAAAGAUAGUUGAGUCCACCACAGAUGUCUUAUUCAACCUACCGGCUGUUUUAACCACACAAGUAUGGUCUAAAAUUGCUCCCGCCUUUAUGUAUAGUUUUGAAUAUAAUGGCACCAUUUCCAAAGGUAUUAACUUUCUACGUGGUCUACCCAUAGUAGCGGAUACAAAAAAUUCAAAUUCCGAAAUUGUGUCUCAUGGUGAUGAAUUGGGUUAUUUGUUUGAUUGUAAUGAUAUCUAUGGCAAUCCUCUGCCUGAAACUCAUCUAACUUCUGAGCAAGAUUUAAAGGUGCGCAGUAAUCUUAUUGGUAUGAUUGUUAAAUUUGCCAAAGAUUUUAAAGAGGACACUAAAAUUGGUGCAUUUAGUGAUGAUCUCUUUAAAAGUGUUACCGGCAAAGGUACACCUUUCAUAAAAGUCGAUACCGAUAUAACUGCCGAUUCAGAUUUCCGUUUCUGUGAACUGUCUUUAUUUGGUGCUUCCUUAAGUCCAGUUACUUCUACUUCUUGUGAAGGACUGGGUAGUAUUGUUUCUUCGCUGCAGGGAUCAUUGGGACAAGUGACUAACGUUUUGGGAGGCUCCAAUUUGGGUGGUGUACUUAGAGGUGGCAACACUGGUACUGGAGGUUUACUAGGCAGUCCGUUUACAGGUGGCAAUACUGCUACUAAUACUCGGAAAACUGGAGGCUUAUUUGGUUUACUUUGAAGUGGGAAUUGUGUUUAAGUGUUUUAUUAUAACUUUUGUAUAUUAUAUUUUUCUAUUAAAA